CUCGUCAACGUAACACUAACCUGGGAACUAACAGAGAGCUACAUCCCAAGUGUUCUCCACCAAAAAUCAAGCCGACCUCUUCUACCUCUUGCACCCGAUGAACAUCACCAUAUUUCAACAAGAUGCUAGCUAAAUUCGGCCUGUUCGCGAUCUUCCUAGUCCUGGGGACCUCCGCCUUCGAUGUCGAACCGGAGGAAUCCUCUCCUGGCCGUGCGCGCUUCUCCUCCAGUAGCCCCUCGGAUGUGGCUGGGUGCUUGAAUGGUGCUCUAGCUGUGGGAUGUGGAACAUUUGCCUGCCUGGAGAAUUCUACCUGUGACACGGAUGGCAUGCACGAUAUCUGCCAACUGUUCCUCCACACCGCAGCUACCUUCAACACACAAGGUAAGACAUUUGUAAAGGAGAGUCUGAGGUGUAUUGCCAACGGCGUCACAUCUAAAGUGUUCCAGACCAUCAGGCGCUGUGGAAUCUUCCAGAGGAUGAUCUCUGAGGUCCAGGAGGAGUGUUACAGUAGACUGGACAUCUGUGGUGUGGCUCGCUCCAACCCUGAGGCCAUUGGAGAGGUGGUACAGGUACCUGCACACUUCCCCAACAGGUACUACAGCACUCUGCUUCAGUCCCUGCUGGCCUGUGAUCAGGAGACAGUGGCGGUUGUCAGGGCGGAGUUUGUUUCUAGGCUGGGGCCAGACAUGGAGACCCUCUUCCAGCUGCUGCAGAACAAGCCUUGCCCCCAGGAGUCUAACCAAGGUGCUAACUCCGCCCCCGCCGGCUGGCACUGGCCAAUGGGGUCUCCCCCCUCCUUCAAGAUCCAGCCCAGCAUGAGAGGAAGAGACCCCACCCACCUGUUCGCUAGGAAACGCUCUCUGGAGGUGUCGGAUAGAGAGAUGGAGUAAAGAGGAGACAAACACUACCGGUCAAAUGUUUUAGAACACCUGCUCAUUCCAGGGUUUUUCUUUAUUUCUAC